AUGUCCCGGGUUACCCGAGCCAGCGCACGGCAAGCUGCCGCCACCAGCACGCCCAAAGUUACUUCGCCUCUCAGCAGCCAAGCCAGGCGGGCUAACAUCAAGGCGGAGCCCACCGACGAAAAGCCAUCGAAACGCAAGACGACUACCAAGUCGCCCACCAAAUCAAGCUCCAAGCGCAUCAAGACGGAAGACGACGACGAUGCCCUGCCAGCAACGCCUGCCAAGCGCGUCAAGAAGGACCCCUCAGAAGACGAUUCACCGGCAGCCAAACCCAAGGUCUCACCAUCAGGGGCAUCGCCCAACGCCCUCCAAGCCAAGAAGCUCAAGGCCUUUGAUCAAUUCUCAGCCAAAUCCCCCUUCCCAGACUUUGCCCACCCCACAGCCGAGGAAGCCAAGCUCGCGCACCGCAUCCUCACUCUCGCUGCACGGCGCCGCGCACGCGGCCCGACACGGUCAGAGGCGCCCACUCUGCGCGCGCCGGAGGCCAUCAAGUGCGGCGGCCUCGCCGCCGUCAAGAGCAAGGUCAUCCUCGGCAUCCUCGAGCAGGCCAAGGCCAGGUACGGCGCCUACUCGCUCGACCACAUGUUCGACAAGACGGACGAAGAGGCCAUGCGCGAGCUCAUCGGCUUCCAGGGCGUCGGGCCCAAGACGGCGAGCUGCGUGCUGCUAUUCUGUCUCCGGCGCGAGAGCUUUGCCGUCGACACGCACGUGUGGCGCAUCACGGGCCUCUUGGGGUGGCGUCCGAAGACCGCCAGUCGCGACGAGACGUAUGCCCACCUCGACGUGCGCAUCCCGGACGAGGACAAGUACGGCCUGCACAUCCUGCUGGUGAAGCACGGCAAGGUGUGCGACGAGUGCAAGGCUGGCGGUAAAGACCCUGGGCAAGUGUCUGCUGAGAAACGUCCUUCCUGGGACAAGGACGACGGUGUCGCUGGCGCUUCUCUGAGUUGCCCGACGAAGACGACGAUGAGAACGGUGCCGUGA